AUGUUUGCCCCAGCACCCCAGCCCACAACGCUGACCAUGAGCAUCACAAGAUCCGUUGAAUACUGUCACAGACUUCGCCAGCUGGCCGCGGAUCAGCUGCGAGCCGUCACAGAGUAUACCAUUCGAGGUCGUAUGGGUCCCGAGCAGGAGCUCGCCUUGCAGUCAGAAAUCCUCAGGAUAGCCGCGAACAUACAGCGAAUGAUGCCGCCAUUGGUCGGUCAGGAAGGAGAGGACCGCAUUGCUUCCGAUCAAGCCGGUUUAUCGCUGUUGCAGGCCUCUGACGAUACAGCCUCAUUACGUGGCACUUCUGGCGAGAGACUGUCAGUGUCAGACGACACCACCUGUCAUGCCACGUCCUGGGGCGUCCCUUUCGUCAAGCGGUUUCCGGACGUACACAUCUUGACCAUGUCUUACAUAGUUUACAAUUCAAUGCUUGUUUGUGCUACGCGAAGCUGA